AUGGUUCUUAGGAGUCACCCCUUCCCAAGGCAAGAGAGGUCUAAGGGGACAGUCCCAAGUGCAGCUCCGGAUGGCCCCAGAGAGUCCAGCGCUUCCACACCCUCUGAGAACACCGAGUCUAGUUCUCCCCCGGAAGGGGCCAUCCCCAGCCUGGUGGACAGGAACGGCUCCUCGGGGGCAGACACAGGGGGCCUGGCUGAGGCUCCCACCCCAGGCCCCCCUGGAGGCCCCAGAGGAGAUGGAACGGAGGAGAAAUGUCUGGACUCGCUGCUGCCCGGAGCUGAAGUGCCCAGGGGCCCCUCACAGCCCCCUGAGUCAACGAAGCCUGUCCCUGCACCCUCCCCCGCUGCCAGGCGGGACCCACAGCCUGUCCCCAGGCCCCGGAAACGCAGCAUGUGCGAAAUAGCCGAGAGCUCUGAGCAGAAGCUCAGCCAAGCGGCCCCGGGACAGGCGCCAGGGGAGGGGCUCAGCCCUGUGGGCAGCAGGGAAGUCCUCACAGAGAAGCAGAAGCAGGACCGCAGGCUCAUGGCGUUCCUGCAGAGGCGGGGGGGCUGGGGGGUGACGGAGGGGCCCCGGAAGCCCGGCCCCUCAGCCGGGGAGCCGGCCUCGGCGGCAGCUGUGCGGAGCCGGCUCGACCUGGGCAGCUGCCUGGACGCGCUGGCCUUCGCCCAGCAGCACGGGGAGCGCGGCCUGGCCCGGGACACCUACGCCCUGAUGAGCGACAACCUGCUGCAUGUGCUGAGGGACCCAAACCUCUACCGGCAGCUGAGCGCGGCCGACCGCGAGCGAAUCCUGAGCUUGCGCACUGGCCGGGGCCAGACGGUGCUGGGGGUCCUCGUGCUGCCCAGCCUCUACCAGGCGAGCCGCGCAGGGCUCUCGAGGGGCCUUCGCGGGGAGGACGCCCCUGCCGCGGGGCCCGCGCCCCAGCCUCCGUCGGCGCACCUGCACGUGUUCCACCCGCGAGAGAAGGAGUGGCGGCCGCUGACGCGGGUGCCGGAGGAGGCCCCGCUGCGGGGCUGCGGCCUCUGCACCAUGCACAACUACCUGUUCCUGGCGGGCGGCAUCCGCGGGUCGGGCGCCAAGGCCGUCUGCUCCAACGAGGUCUUCUGCUACAACCCUCUGACCGACACCUGGAGCCAGGUGCGGCCCAUGCUGCAGGCCCGGGCCCAGCUCAAGCUGGUGGCCCUGGACGGGAUGCUCUACGCCGUCGGGGGCGAGUGCCUGUACAGCAUGGAGCGCUACGACCCCCGCACCGACACCUGGGCCUCACGCGCGCCCCUGCCUGCAGGCACCUUCCCCGUGGCACAUGAGGCUGUGGCCUGCCGUGGGGACAUCUACGUCACUGGGGGCCACCUCUUCUACCGCUUGCUGAGGUACAGCCCCAUGAAAGACGCGUGGGACGAGUGCCCCUACAGUGCCAGCCACCGGCGUUCCAGCGACAUGGUGGCGCUGGGGGGCUUCCUGUACCGCUUCGACCUGCUGCGUGGCGUGGGCGCCGCGGUCAUGCGUUACAACACGGUGACGGGCUCCUGGAGCCGAGCUGCCCCCCUGCCCCUGCCGGACCCCGUCCCGCUGCGCUGCGCCGCGCUGGGCAACACCAUCUACUGCCUCAACCACCAGGUCACGGCCACCUUUACAGUCUCCGAAGGGACUGCCCAGUUCCAGGCCAGGGAGCUGCAGCCCUUCCCCCUGGGGAACCAAGGGGUCCUCUGUCCGUUCAUCCUGACUCUGCCCCCCGUGCACCCGCUCCAGACUGCCCUCUGAGCC